CCACCGGUCAAAGUCAAACCCAGCAAUAUCUUAUCCCCCAAUAAUGCCAUAUAUCUAAUAAGCCCCAGCCACCAUCUUCUAGGGCUUCAUUCAAACAUGAGAAAACCUUGUUGCGACAAGGAAGGUACCAACAAAGGUGCUUGGUCCAAGCAAGAAGACCAAAAACUCAUUGACUACAUCCACCUUCAUGGCGAAGGCUGUUGGCGUUCCCUUCCAAAAGCCGCCGGCCUUCAUCGUUGCGGUAAAAGCUGCCGAUUGAGAUGGAUCAAUUAUUUACGACCCGACAUUAAACGCGGCAACUUUGCCCCUGAUGAAGAAGAUCUCAUCAUCAAACUCCAUGCCCUCCUUGGCAACCGGUGGUCACUUAUAGCGGGAAGGUUGCCAGGACGCACCGACAAUGAAGUCAAGAACUACUGGAAUUCUCACAUCCGCAGAAAGCUCAUCAACAUGGGAAUUGAUCCAAACAACCACAAGUUAUAUCAAACCUCUCCUCUUCCUCACGCUGCUUCUUCCUCAUCCCGCCUCAAUCUUGACCUAACCAUUGCUUUCCCUGCUCAUUAUUCUUCUUCGCCUACAUUUACCCUCGCCCAAGAAGACGACGACAACAACAACAAUAAUCCUAAACCAACUUCUGAGAACAUGGAUGAAUCCAACCCUACCCUUCUUUUGUUUCAAUAAGUUGUAACUUGAACCAUCUCACAUUCAUUUAUUAUUCAAUAAGAUAUAAGUAUUAUUUCAAUUAUACCAUUUAGAUAAAAACUCACGUGAAUUUGUCUUUACGUAAAGUUGAUAAUCGA